AUGCACGCGUUGCUGCUCAGGGCUGCUGCAGCGCCUUGCCAUGGACGGCUCGUGAGGCCGGCUGCAGUGGCAGCUGUGACAGCUGCUGCACGACCUGUCCCUGUCGGCGGGUCUCUCGCGCAGUUCACACCCCCUGCGCGGGUCGCUGGGGGGAGUGUACGAUGGGCUGCGUCGAAUUCGAGAUGGAAGCAACGUCAGGGCAGCGACUAUUUCGCACGGGAGGCCAAGGUGCAGGGCCUGAAGAGCCGCGCCGCGUUCAAGCUACUCGAGAUGGAUUCGAAGUACAGGCUGUUUAAGAAAGGACAGACUGUGUUGGAUCUGGGUUACGCGCCAGGUAGCUGGUCCCAGGUUGCCGUGGAACGGACGAGGCCGAACGGACGCGUUGUCGGCAUCGACAUCAUCCCGGCACAGCCGCCGAGGGGAGUGUCGACUAUCCAGGGCAACUUCCUGAAUCCGGGUGUCCAGAACCUCGUGAAGGAAUACCUCGUGGAAUUCGCCGGUCGGAAACCUCCAAGUCCCCCCGCGUCCGAGACCUCAGAGGAAGAGGACGACAUGAAAAUCAUGGAACGGCAAAGCUAUAUCGAUGCCGAGCGGGCCGAGUCGGUCGAUUCGGAUUGGCCGGCACUGCCGGAGAAUGAUGGAAAGCUCAUCGAUGUGGUUCUAAGCGACAUGUCAGCACCCUGGAUGCAAACUUCGGGCUUUUCCAGCAACACAUUGAGUAACCCGUAUUCUAGGAUGAUGAACACGAGCGGCAUGAGUUUCCGUGACCACGCGGGUAGUAUGGACCUCUGUCUGGCAGCAUUACAGUUUGCAAGCGGGACUCUACGGACCGGUGGACACUUCGUGUGCAAGUUCUACCAAGGCGCCGAGGACAAAGAUCUCGAGAUGAAGUUGAAGAAGAUGUUCGGCAAGGUCCAUCGCGAGAAGCCCGAAUCGUCAAGAAACGAAUCGAAGGAGGCAUAUUUCGUGGCACUGCGCAAGAAAGGCGAUGUAACUUUAGCGGAUGUCUCAAGAUGA